AUGAUGAUGGUGACGGUGACAGGGACGGUGACAGUGACAGGGAUGGUGACAGUGAUAGUGACGGUGACAGUGGUGGUUAAAGUGACAGGGACAGUAGUAGUGAUGGUGAUGAUGAAGGUGACAGUGGUGGUGACAGUGACAGGGAUGGUGACGGUGACAGUGGCGAGAAAAGCCCAAGUGGGACUGGAUCAAAUCUUAGGCUUGGAUUAUGUCAAAGGGUCGAGUUACAGAGGUGGGAUUAAACCUCUUUGUCCUGCAGAUGUGAACGAUGGCAAAUCAGAGGUGUUUGUGUACAGCACCCCGUCCCCCUGCGAGCCCAACGAGUUCAAAUGUGCCAACGGGCACUGCGCCCUCAAGCUCUGGCGCUGCGACGGCGAGAACGACUGCGGGGACGGCUCCGACGAGAGCGACUGCCCCACCAAGGCGCCCGGCGCGGAGUGCGGGCCGGCGGAAUUCCGGUGCGUGUCCAGCGGGAGCUGCAUCCGGGCCAGUUACCAGUGCGACAGGGAGCCCGACUGCCCCGACCGCAGCGACGAGGUCGGCUGUGUGCCCCCGCAGGUGGUGACGCUGCCGCGGGAGUCGGUGGUGGCGGUGCCAGGCCAGACCGUCACCUUCACCUGUGUGGCCACCGGUGUCCCCACCCCCAUCGUCACCUGGCGCCUGAACUGGGGACACACCCCCAGCAGCCACAGGGUAUCGAUCGUGAGCGAGGCCGGGCAGGGCACCCUGACCAUCCGGGAUGUGAAGGAGGCCGACCAAGGCGCCUACACCUGCGAGGCCAUCAACACCCUGGGCAUGGUGUUUGGCAUCCCUGACAGCAUCCUCACCGUCACCCGCCCCGGGCCGUGUCCCGAGGGGCACUUCCAGGUGACGGGGACAUCCCGCUGCCUGCCCUGCUUCUGCUUCGGCGUCACCACCUCGUGCCGCGGCACCGCCCGGCACCGGCACCGGAUCCACCUGCGCUUCGACCGCCCCGACGACACCAAGGGUGUCAACGUGACAGUGCCGGCGGCGCCGGCCGCGCCGGUGCUCUCGGCCACCCAGCUCCACGUGGACGCGGCCGUGGAGGAAUUCCAGCUCCUGGAUCUGUCCCGGCGCUUCCUGGCACUCGACGUCUUCUGGGCGUUGCCAGAGCCCUUCCUUGGGGACAAGGUGGACGCCUACGGGGGAGCGCUGAGCUAUGGGGUGCGGUACCGGCUGGGCCGGGGGCCCCCCGAGCCCACCACCCACCCCGACCUGCUGCUGCGGGGCCACGGGCGGCAGCUGCGGGCGAGGGCUGGGGCCACCCAGCCCAACAUCCUCAACCGGCGGCACGUGCCCCUCACCGAGGAGCACUGGGAGGACGAGCAGGGUGCCCCGGUGAGCCGGGAGCUGCUGCUGCUGGUGCUGCAGGGGCUGGAGGGCAUCUUCAUCCGGGCGGUGUACGACGGGCGCAUGGCCAGCGUGGGGCUCAGCGACGUGGCCAUGGAUGUCACCAGCACCGGGGACACCGGCCUGGGGCCAGCUGGCGACGUUGAGGAGUGCAGGUGCCCCGUGGGCUACACGGGGCUGUCGUGCCAGCGCUGUGCCCCCCGCUUCGAGCGGGUGACGAGGGGACCCUACCUGGGGACCUGCUCCGGCUGCGGCUGCCACGGCCACUCCAGCACCUGCGACCCCGUGUUUGGGCACUGCCUGAACUGCCAGCACAACACAGAGGGGCCACAGUGCGAGAAGUGCAGACCCGGCUUCUUCGGCGAUGCCACCAAGGGCACGGCCACCGCCUGCCACCCCUGUCCCUGUCCCUACACGGAGCCCUCGCGCAGGUUCUCGGAGUCGUGCUUUCUGGACACGGACGGCCAGGCCACCUGCGACGCCUGCGCCCCUGGAUACGCCGGCCGGCGCUGCGAGAGGUGUGCCCCGGGCUACGAGGGAGACCCCAUCCAGCCGGGUGGCAAGUGCACCCCGAUCGGUCAGGAGCUUGUCAAAUGUGACACCCGCGGGGGCCAGGACGAGGCUGGUGGCACCUGUCGCUGCAAGCCCAACGUGCGGGGCCGGCUCUGCGACUCCUGUGCCGCGGGCACCUUCCACCUGAGCGCUGCCAACCCCGCGGGCUGCCUGCCCUGCUUCUGCAUGGGGCUGUCCCGCUCCUGUGCCAGCUCCGCCUGGCACCGACACCAGGUGCUGCUGACCUCGGAGGACUCUGCCCCGCUGCCCCUGGCCAACCUGUCGGGCACCCCCCUGCCAGGGGCCGUGCCCCGCUUCGUGUCCCCGCGGGAGCUGCUCCUCGACACCUUCCGGGACCUGCCGCGGGGUGUCCUGUACUGGGUGCUGCCACCACCCUUCGCCGGGGACAAGGUGACGGCGUACGGGGGGGAGCUGCGGUACAGGGUGACACACCGAGCCCCCCCGGGGGCCCCCCCACCCCCCCGGCACCCCGACGUCCUGCUCCAGGGCAACGGGAUCCUCCUGGAGCACUUCUCCAGUGCCACCCCCCCGGCCAGGGUCCCCACCGCUGUCACCGUGCCCAUCCGAGAGGGCGCCUGGCGCCGCGCGGACGGGCACGAUGCCACCCGCGAGCACCUGCUGAUGGCCCUGGCCGACGUGGACCUGCUCAUGAUCCGGGCGUCCUACUCGGAGCAGCCAGAGGAGAGCAGCCUGGCCGAUGUCAGCCUGGACGUGGCAGUGCCACACGCCACCGGCCGCCCGCCCGCGCUGGAGGUGGAGGACUGCGCCUGCCCACCCGGGUACCGCGGGGCAUCCUGCCAGGACUGUGACACCGGCUACACCCGCAGCAGCGCCGGGCUCUACCUGGGCACGUGUGAGCCGUGCCAGUGCCACGGCCACGCCAGCGAGUGCCACCCCGACACCGGCGUCUGCCAGGGCUGCCGGGAUCACACGGAGGGACCCCAGUGUGACAAGUGCCAGCCUGGCUACUACGGCGAUGCCACCCGGGGCACCGCGGGCGACUGCCGGCCCUGUCCCUGCCACGGGCCCCAUGGGGACAGCCAGGUGACCAAGAUCUGCUUCGAGGACACGGACGGGCAGCCCACCUGCAGCGCCUGCGCCCCGGGGCACGGCGGGCGCCUCUGCGAGAGGUGCUUGCCCGGGUACGUGGGGGACCCUCCGCGGGGUCAGCCGUGCCAAGUGCCCGGUGUCCCCGGGGGGCAGUGCCAGUGUGACCCACGUGGCAGCACCGGCGAGGGCUGCGACGCCGACGGGCAGUGCCGCUGCAAGGCCAACGUGGAGGGUCCCCACUGUGCCACCUGCCGUGCCCACCACUUCCACCUGAGCGGGGCCGAGCCGGCCGGGUGCCUGCCCUGCUUCUGCAUGGGCAUCGUGCAGCACUGCGCCAGCACCGCCCUCGCCCGCGGCACCGUCCGGACGCCCUUCGCCCCGGGGGAUGCCCAGGGGUUCGCCCUGGUGAACCGGCAGCGCAGCACCCGCGUGAGCAGCGGCUUCGGGGUCCAGCCGGGCACCCCCCACCCCGUCCUGACCUACGAGCGCUUCGGGGAGCUGCCCCCUGACUCCUACUACUGGCAGCUGCCACCCCCCUACCAGGGGGACAAG